GCGCGCGCUGAGAUCCAGAUGCCCAUCGUUGGAUGAUUUGUGAGAUAGCGACAGUAGAAGGUAGUUGAUCGUGCUCUCCGGCCGGUGACUCCUUUGGUUUGCCGCCGCCGCAGCUACAGCAUAAUUUUGUACGUUGUCAGCUACUGCUUGCCUUCUUUUCGAGUCGACGAGGGAGGUUGUUUUUCAUACUUCCACUCUCGCUUUGUCUGUCGCUUCACCCUGUACGUCGCCUUCUCCCGUUCGCUUGUCUCCCAAUUGCGCGGGGAAGGAUGACGACGACGGUGGCUCGAUCCCUCGCCAUCUUCCAGAGAGCCGUCGAUCUCACCUGCCCUCCGCGUCCUUCCUACCCAUCGGAAAGCUCUGCUGCGGGCCGCGACGACUCGUCCGCUGCCCCCAGCCCCUGCACACAUUCCGUGAAUGGCAGACGACAUGGCGUACAUAGAAUAGACUUGGCUGCUCACCGUCGAUCUUCUUUUCCCCGACGCAUUUCUUUACAUUCCGUUACGCACGCCUCCUCCCACUCCCAUUCGUCUUGUUUUUCCACCUUUUUGGCUCGCCAUAGCCAUUACCAAUUCUCUGGCCAUCGGCCUUGGGCCUUCUCUGCCGAUUCUUCGUCGUCCUCGACGGCGUCAUGUGGAGCUGUCAGACACGAGCAUCGGCCCAUCGCAGGAAGCCAGCGUGGCCUCGCACGAGGCCGCCGUGGUUGCCGUUAUCGCCUUGACGGCGCAACUGCGCGCAACCACGGGGGAAUGACGACGGCGUUGAGUUAUAAGGGCGCGCUGGGCUGUGUGGGUGACAUCGUGAGACACCAUGGGGGAAGAAACAACCAAUCAGAUGCGGCAUUUUCGAGGAAGGAGCACGAGAGGCUGCACUGCUGCGAUCGAAUGGUGGUAGCUGCAAGAAAACGACGAAGUCGUGUAGAAAGGCGAUUAGCGCACACCGGGUUCGCCGAUUUCGCGGAAAAUCGUCGGGGAAGAAGGGGGGGGGAGCUGAACGAAUGCCGACGGAUGUUCCUUGGGAAAUCUAUUCUUGGCGGCUUCCAUCUUCGCCAUCGCCCGGACAGCUUCCUCCGUCCACGGGGAGUAGCAGCAACAGCAGCUGCAGGAGAGUCAAACUCUGCCGAAGGAAAAAGAUCAAUGGGCCAGGCUCGAUCUCAGGCGCAAUCUGCUCCCCCUCCUCCUCCUCGGUCUCCAUCUCCUUCUUCCCCUGGUCCGGUUGGCGGGGAAACGAUGGGGGGGCUUGGACAGGUUCUCGGAGACGUAGGAGGAGGAGGAGGAGGAGGAGGAGGAGGAGGGGGAAUACCGUUUGUCGCUGAAGGGGGAGCAAGGAGGAGGAAGGGCGGCUUCAUGUCGUCGUUGGAACUGAUAGCUAAGAUACCGAUGGCUGUCAUGGAUCCUUCUUUGGCGGACAAUGAGAAAGAGGAAAGUUUGCGGUAUAAAAGAACCUUCUACACUCACGAGGAGUGGUCUCGUCAUCGCAGCAGCCGGAGAUAUGGGCGCCACAUCAGCUCUAUCGCUUCUUCUAGAGUGAUUCUUGCUCUUGCCCCCCCCGUCGCCACCGUCACAAUGGUCGCCUUGGCCGUCGCUCUCAUCAACGACCUCGUUACCGAUCACCUAUUGCCCCCUUUCUUCCCCUUGCUCCACGUGUCCACUCUCCCUUUCGAGCUCACCGCUCCAGCUCUUGCUCUGCUCCUCGUUUUCCGCACCGAUGCCUCUUAUGGACGUUUCGAAGAGGCGCGUAAUAACUGGCAAACGAUCCUGUGCAAGAUCAAGGACAUGGCUCGCCAAGGCAUCACCUGGAUUCGACACCCGGACCAUGAGCAGAAGCGGCUGCUGUUUGUACGGCAUUUGAGAGCACUCCCUUAUGUCCUGAAGGAGCAUUUCGUUGAGGAGGGAGAUCUGGAGGAGGACUUGACGGAUGUGCUAUUAGCCGAGGAACUCCAGCCGGUUUUAAGUGCGUCACACCGCCCGCAGUACGUGAUGCAAGUUCUCGGUAGCGUCAUUUCUCGGGCUGACCUCGAUGAUACUCAGCGGACGGUCCUGGUGAGUUCCUAGAUUACCUCAAGCUUGUACUAUCCAAGAACCUGGCUGUAAUGUUGACCAUGUUCACCUGAAAUUAGCGCAGAAUCG